GCUUCCCGGGGCGGGAGGAGGCCAGGAACAUGCGGCUGUCGGUGGCCUCCGCCAUCUCCCACGGCCGCGUCUUCCGCCGCCUGGGCCUUGGUCCCGAGUCUCGCAUCCACCUGUUGCGAAACUUGCUCACCGGCCUGGUGCGACACGAACGCAUCGAGGCACCAUGGGCGCGCGUGGACGAGAUGCGGGGCUACGCGGAGAAGCUCAUCGACUAUGGAAAAAUGGGAGACACCAACGAGCGAGCCAUGCGCAUGGCUGACUUCUGGCUUACAGAGAAAGAUUUGAUCCCAAAGCUGUUUAAAGUACUGGCCCCUCGGUUCCAAGGUCAGAGUGGGGGCUACACGAGGAUGGUGCAGAUCCCAAAUCGGGACAAGCUGGAUCGGGCAAAGAUGGCAGUGAUCGAAUAUAAAGGGAAUUGCCUUCCACCCCUGCCUCUACCUCGAAGAGACAGUGACCUUACACUUCUAAACCAGCUGCUACAGGGGCUUCGGCAGGACCUCCAAAAGAACCAAGAAGCAAGUGUCUAAAGCUUCCGCGUAGAGCGGACACCAAGGAUUUAACUGGACCUCUAGUGCAGCUCAAGGUCUUUGGAGUUGUUUUCUUGUCUAAGGAGAACUGGAGCUAAAAUUGUGAAAUGGACAGUCAUGGGGGGACCCCACGGUCUGGGGACUCAAAUGGACAUCUCAUUGCCCCAAAGAUAAAAUUCCAUUCUAUGAA